AUGGCCGCCUCCUCUGCGCCAGGCACGGUCACGUGAGCACCCUCGCCUAUGAGGUCGCCGGGGCUGGGUCGGCGAUUGUCCCUUCCCGGGCCCCGUCCCGAGUCGGCGACUGCCCCUGUCAACAGGAGCCUAAGAAAUCAUGGCAACUGGCUCGGGCUGGGAGCGCGUGGCAGCUGCGGCAGCGGCGGCAGUUUGGUCGCGGGCCGGGGCGGCGGAGCGGCGGCGGCGGCGGCGGCGGCGGCGGCAGCACUGGCGCUGGCACCGGCCCUGAGCACCAUGCUGCGGGGCAGACCUGAGAGGGAGCUGGCGGCCUGGUGGGAGGCGGAGGCCGUGGCCGCGGCCAAAGAGCAUGCGGCGAAGGAGCAGGUCCGCGUGGACCCGGGCGCAGCCGGGGAGCCGGAACUCAAGGCGGGGGAGGAGCAGCCCAAGGAGCCGGCCCCGGCGCAGCCCCACGCGGCCGAGGAGGGCGACGCCCGCGUCCCACCGCGGCCGCCGCCCACGCUGCCCAUGUACCAGGCGAAGCCGGUGUCGGCGCAGGGCCUCUACCCGCACGGGAAGUCCAGGAGCAAGAGCCGUAGCUGCAAGCGGAGCUCGGACCGGUCCGAGGAGUACUGCUCUCCGCGGCCUGUCACCGUGGACAGCUCCAAGGCCAGGACCUCCCAGGACGCCCUGAAGAUCAGCAUUCGCCAGCUCAAGUGGAAGGAGUUCCCAUUUGGCCGACGCUUGCCUUGUGACAUCUACUGGCAUGGAGUUUCAUUUCACGACAGUGACAUAUUCUCCGGUCUAGUGAACAAGUUUCCAGGCAUGACGGAGAUGGUGCGUAAAAUUACUCUGAGCCGAGCAGUAAGAAUCAUGCAGAAUCUCUUUCCCGAGGAGUAUAACUUCUACCCUCGCUCAUGGAUUCUGCCUGACGAGUUCCAGCUCUUUGUGGCUCAGGUUCGAAUGGUGAAAGAUGGGGACCCCUCCUGGAAGCCCACUUUUAUUGUGAAACCUGAUGGUGGUUGUCAGGGUGAUGGAAUCUACCUCAUUAAAGACCCCAGUGACAUCCGCCUGACAGGGACCCUCCAGAGCAGGCCGGCUGUGGUCCAGGAGUACAUCUGCAAACCUCUCCUUAUCGACAAGCUCAAGUUUGAUAUCCGACUGUAUGUCCUACUAAAGUCCUUAGAGCCCUUAGAGAUUUAUAUAGCCAAAGACGGACUCUCGCGGUUUUGUACAGAGCCCUAUCAGGAGCCUCACCCCAGAAACCUGCACCACAUCUUUAUGCAUCUGACCAACUAUUCACUGAACAUCCAUAGCGGUAACUUUGUCCAUUCGGACAGUACGAGCACAGGCAGCAAAAGGACUUUCUCUAGCAUUCUUUGUAGGUUGUCUUCCAAGGGUGUUGACAUCAAGAAGGUCUGGUCUGAUAUCAUCUCCUUGGUGAUUAAGACUGUCAUUGCCCUGACUCCAGAGCUCAGAGUGUUCUACCAGUCGGAUAUCCCCGCAGGGAGGCCGGGGCCCACGUGCUUCCAGAUUUUAGGCUUUGACAUUCUUCUCAUGAAAAAUCUGAAGCCUAUACUACUUGAAGUUAAUGCAAACCCCAGCAUGAGAAUCGAACACGAGCAAGAACUCUCUCCAGGGGUGUUUGAGAAUGUCCCCAGCCUUGUCGAUGAAGAAGUGAAAGUGGCCGUCAUCAGAGACACACUGCGUCUCAUGGACCCAUUUAAGAAGAAAAGAGAGAACCGGUCUCAGCAGCUUGGGAAGCCAUUAGCCUCAAAGGAAGAGCCUUCUGAGAGCGAUCUGGCCAGUGUCUCGGCAGGCAGCGCCAAUCCCGAAGCCCACCUGCCCUCCAUCUGCCUCAAGCAGGUGUUCCCCAAGUAUGCAAAGCAGUUCAACUACCUGCGCCUGGUGGACAGGAUGGCAAACCUGUUUAUCCGGUUCCUGGGUAUCAAGGGGACAAUGAAGUUGGGACCAACAGGCUUUCGUACCUUCAUAAGGAACUGCAAGCUCAGCAGCAGCCGCUUGUCUAUGGCCGCCGUGGACACCCUCUACAUUGACAUCACGAGGAGAUGGAACUCCAUGACCGCGGACCAGCGGGAUUCAGGGAUGUGCCUGCAGGCCUUCGUGGAGGCUUUCUUUUACCUGGCCCAGAGGAAGUUCAAGAUGCUGCCCCUCCACGAGCAGGUAGCCUCGCUGAUUGACCUGUGUGAAUACCACCUGUCCCUGCUGGACGAGAAGCGCCUGGUGUGUGGCCGGAGCGCCACAUCGGGGGGCCAUCCCCCUCACAGUGGCACCCCGCAGGGGGCCACCCCCGCAGCCCAGCUGGCUGAGGGCCAUCCCCCGCCCUGCACAAACAGUGCCCUCAAGCUCUCCCAUUCCAGACACGCUCUGUCCUGA